AUGUCCUGCUACAACCACUCCAAUCCCUCCACCUUCCUCCUAAUGGGCAUUCCGGGGCUGGAGGCCACCCACUUCUGGAUCGCCUUCCCGUUCUGUGCCAUGUACGUUGUGGCCCUGCUGGGGAACUUCACCCUCCUCUUUGUGAUCAAGACGGAGCCGAACCUGCACCUGCCCAUGUACUACUUCCUCUGCAUGCUGGCAGGCAUCGACCUGGUGCUCACCACCUCCACCGUGCCCAAAAUCCUGAGCAUCUUCUGGUUUCACUCCCAUGAAAUCGGCUUGGAGUGUUGCGUGGUCCAGAUGUUCUUCAUCCACAGCUUCUCUGCCAUGGAGUUGGGGGUGCUGCUGGCCAUGGCCUUCGACCGCUACGUCGCCAUCUGCAAGCCAUUGCGCUACACCGCCAUCCUCAUCAACGCCAUCGUCACCAAGAUCGGGUUGGCCGUCUUUGUGCGGGGCAUCAGUCUGUUGACCCCCUUGACGUGCAUGGUCAGUCGCCUGCCCUACUGUGGGCCCAGGGUCAUCUCCCACUCCUACUGCGAGCACAUGGCUGUGGUGAAGCUGGCCUGCGGGGAUAUCACACCCAACUAUGUCUACGGGAUAACGGCCGUGACCAUUAUGGUGGGCUCAGACUCCAUCUUCAUCGCCAUCUCCUACAUCCUGAUCCUCCGGGCCGUCCUGAGCCUGUCCUCCAGGGACGCACGCCUGAAAUCCUUCAGCACCUGUGGCUCCCAUGUGUGCGUCAUCCUGGUCUUCUACACCCCGGCGCUGUUCUCCUUCUACACGCAGCGCUGGGGCCAGAACAUCCCUGCGCACAUCCACAUCCUGCUGGCAGACCUCUACCUCUUGGUGCCGCCCAUGCUGAACCCCAUCAUAUACGGCAUGAAGACCAAGCAGAUCAGGGGCCGGGUGCUGAAGCCAUUCUAUCCAGAGAGAUCCAGGCUGGGUUUUGGCCCCCACUAA